GCCGAUGGAAUCGAACAGGCACCAAACAAAAGUGUUGCAUGUUGACGGCAUCAUCUGAAUGUUAACAAUAUGUUAUGCUGUAAUGUUGGCUCUCAAGAAAUGACCUGUCGGCAGCUACGUAUGUUUAACUUCAGUCUCUGACCCACAAGUCCAUUCAACACAUCCAGCUAAGCAUUGACGCUUAGCAACGUUAGCAUUAGCGAGUAGCUAACAUUACAAUAUUAGCUAACGUUACCUAACUUGAAUUACCGGUUAACGGUUAUUCUUACAGCGUUUUAGCUUUUUUUCUGACGGCGGUAUGAGUUCUGGUUAUGGUGGUCGAGGAGGGAGAAGAGGCAGAAGAGGAGGUGGAGGAUCCAGAGAUGGAAGCAGAGAAAGACGGGACAGAGGAGGUUCGAGUGGACACAGUUCCGAAUUUGACCAGGACCGAGGAGGAGGAGGUGGACAAUGGGACCGUCCUCCUCCACACCUGAAGGGACGUGAGAUUGGUAUGUGGUACGCAAGAUACGGAGCCGUGAGGAGGAAGCAGGGUGACCGGAGAUCGCGGGCGGUGGUCCAGAUGGAUGAGGCCAGAGAACAGCAUAUUACCAAGCUGCUCAGCUCUGUCCAAAAUGAUCACCCUGGUUCGUGGAGAGAUGCGAGAGCCUCUACGUCUAACAGCUUGCGGACAGCUGCAAAUAGCAGCAGCCAUUGUUACUUCGAUGGGGACAUGUCUGAGGAGGAAAAACAGAAGAUUGAGCUCAAAUCUGAGGACGAGGAGGAAGAAGUUACUCCAGGCCAGAAGAAAGCAACUCACAAAUCGCAACGUUACUUCUCCCAUGCAGUUGUGAAAGAUGAGCCUCCAGACACAUGGGAUGAUGAAGAGGAGAAGGAGAAGGAGAAGGAGGAGAAAGAGGCGCUGAGAAGGAAAGACAAGGACCUGGAGUUCUUAAUCCAGGAAGUAGCCAGAGACGGUUCACUUGAUGACCGCUUAAAGAGAGACCUGCAGACCAAGAAAUCAGAUACAAAGUACAAAGAAAUGCUGAAAUUCAGGGAAAGACUACCAUCUUAUGGCAAAAAAGAGGAGCUGGUUGAGCUUAUCAACUCGAACCGUGUCCUGGUGGUGAGUGGGGAAACAGGGUGUGGAAAGACCACCCAGGUUACCCAGUUCAUCCUAGAUGACUACAUCAAUAGAGGUGUGGGCUCAAUGUGUCGUGUGGUCUGCACGCAGCCUCGCCGCAUCAGUGCCAUCUCGGUAGCAGAGCGUGUAGCAUCAGAGAGGGCAGAAAGUGUAGGAAAUGGAAAUUCUUGUGGUUACCAAAUCCGCCUGCAGAGCCGGUUACCACGGAGACAAGGUUCGGUCCUGUACUGUACAACAGGCAUUAUUCUUCAGUGGCUUCGCACAGACCCAUUGUUGUCCAGCAUCAGCCACCUGGUGUUGGACGAGAUCCACGAGAGGAACCUGCAAUCUGACGUUUUGCUCGUCAUUGUGAAGGACAUACUCACCCUUCGAGAUGACCUCAAGAUCAUCCUCAUGAGUGCCACGCUCAACGCAGAGAAGUUCUCUAGAUAUUUUGACAACUGUCCGAUGAUCCACAUCCCUGGUUUGACGUUCCCGGUUGAGGAGUUCCUACUUGAGGACGUUGUGGAGAUGACCAGGUAUCGUCCCCAGAAUAAGGACCGUCGCCCCUCAAGGAAGAGAAACUUUUGGCAGGGGCACGCCUCCAGGCCUGAGAAGGAGGAGAAAGAGGCUGAAUACAAGGAGAGUUGGCCCACGUAUGCACGCACACUGCAGGGCAGAUACUCUGACAACACCAUCGAGACAGUGGAGAUGUUGGAUGAUGACGACAAGAUUGACCUGGAGCUGAUCGUGGCACUGAUUCGCCAUAUUGUGCUCAAUCAGGAGGAUGGAGCAAUCUUGGUCUUCCUUCCUGGCUGGGACAACAUCAGCGGUCUCAAUGACCUGCUCACGGCUCAGCAGAUGUUCCGAUCAGACCGGUUUGUCAUCAUCCCUUUGCACUCCCUCAUGCCUACCGUGAAUCAGACGCAGGUGUUCAAAAGGCCUCCUCCUGGAGUUAGAAAGAUUGUGAUUGCUACCAAUAUAGCUGAGACCAGCAUCACCAUAGAUGACGUUGUUUACGUGAUAGACGGAGGCAAGAUUAAGGAGACCAACUUCGACACCAGCAACAACAUCAGCACCAUGACGGCAGAGUGGGUCAGCCUGGCCAAUGCCAAGCAGAGGAAAGGACGUGCUGGCAGAGUGUGUCCAGGGAAGUGCUAUCAUCUGUACAAUGGUCUCAGGGCCAGCCUGCUGGAUGCUUAUCAAUUACCCGAAAUCAUGAGGACACCACUGGAGGAGCUCUGUCUGCAGAUCAAGAUUUUGAAGCUUGGGUCAAUAGCUGAAUUCCUGGAGAAAUCCCUGGACCCUCCCACUACAAACGCCAUCAGCCUCGCCAUCAAGAACCUCGUAGACCUGAACGCCCUGGACCGCUCAGAGAAUCUGACAGCGCUGGGUUUCCACCUGGCUCGCCUGCCUGUGGAGCCUCACAUUGGCAAACUCAUUCUGUUUGGAGCUCUGUUGGGCUGCCUCGACCCUGUACUCACCAUUGCUGCUUCACUCAGCUUCAAAGACCCUUUCUUCAUACCGCUGGGUAAAGAGAAGAUGGCAGACAUGAGGAGAAGGACCCUGUCCAGAAACUCCAAGAGUGACCACCUCACUAUUGUCAAUGCCUUCCAGGGCUGGGAGGAGGCCAAACACUGUGGUGCCAGGUAUGAGCGGGAGUACUGCUGGGACAACUUCCUGUCUGCCAAUACACUCCAGAUGCUGCACAACAUGAAGGGUCAGUUUGCUGAGCAUCUAAUGCAUACAGGCUUUGUCAGCAGCAGGGACCCCAAAGACCCCAAAUCCAACGUCAACUCGGACAAUGAGAAGUUGAUCAAGGCGGUGAUUGUAGCUGGUCUGUACCCGAAGGUGGCAACGAUCAAACCAUCUCACAGCAAGAAGAGGCCCGGGGUGAAGGUGUACACCCAAGCUGAUGGAAAGGUGUGCAUCCACCCGAAAUCAGUCAAUGCUGAAGAGACGGAGUUCAACUACACGUGGCUCAUCUACCACCUCAAGAUGAGAACGAGCAGUAUCUUCCUCUACGAUUGCACUGAGGUGUCCCCGUUCUCGCUGCUGUUCUUCGGAGGAGACAUCACGAUCCAGAAAGACGAGGACCAGGAGACCAUCGCCGUGGACCAGUGGAUCGUCUUCAGAUCCCCGGCACGCAUAGCGCACCUGGUCAAAAGUUUAAAGAACGAGCUGGAUUCUCUGCUGGAGGAGAAGAUCCGUAACCCUGCUCCCGUGGACUGGCAAAAUCGUCAGUCCAAAGACUGCGCUGUCAUCACAGCCAUCAUAGACCUCAUCACCACCCAGGAGAAGCCUACAGGCAGCACGAAGGGCUAUGAUAGAACGUGGGCGUCUGGCCCAAGAGCACCACGCAUUCAGUUCGAUGACGACGAUGAUUAGGUGUGGCCAGGUUUUAGGCUGGUUAUGAGGAGAAGAGCUUCGGAGCUGACUGAUUGCACCCUUGACCACAGAGGUUAGUUGGGAUAUUUAUGACACCCAGCUGGCAUCCUCGAUGGUGCUUCUGAAACCCAGAAGUACUGGGAAGUGUUAUGCACUUGAAUGACUCAAAUUACUGUUUUUGCUUAUUCUGUCAUUUUGCAAGGACCAAUCCAUGUUCCAAUCCACACUCGGUAGCCGUUUUGUUAAUUUGGUUUGAAUAAAUCUUGCUCCUUGUUAAGCAAUGUCACCGAAUAGACUGCACAAUAAAGAAAGGAUCAAUGAAACAAAAACGCAUGGCUUUGCCUCAUCUGCUUUACUAAAAUGAAAUUUAGGAAUUCAAAAACAAAGUAAGAACUAUUACUCGUAUAUUGCAGGCUUUAUUAUGGGAAACCAUAAUCUGUUCUAUGACGUGAGAGCAGCAUUUAUUCUGAGGGAGCAAUCACCUGGGUAAUAUUUGGAUAGAAUGAACACCUGCAUCUCAUAAAUAUCUAAAAAAGUGCCGCUGGCCAAAGGAUUUGUAUUUUUCUGAUUUAAUCUGCACUGAAUACCCAGAAUAUUGAAAAUGUAAAAUACAUGUCGAUCAUUGAGAGUACAUGACAGACCCCAGGCAAUUAAGCUUUUAUUUUUUUAGUGGCUGAAAUAUAUAAAGGUUGACUGAACAAGUUUCUACAAUAUAAAUCUGUAUCUUGGCAAACGUAUGUUACAAUUGGAGGCUGCUUUACAUAUUUACAUGUAGACAUGAUUUACAAUAGUUAUAAGUACAGAAAGUGAUUUGAAAUAAAGAUCAAUUCAUGCUUAUGUGUGGUAUCGCAGAGCUAAUUUUCCCUGAGUGCAAAUGCAAAGCUCCGUCCGGAUACCCAUGUCCUUCCCUCUGGGUGCUCUGCCCGCUACCGUCAUACCUCGCCAGUUGAGGUUGUCAUUCCGGCUGGGGCCGGAGCAGUGGGGCUUGAUGGAUGGCGCUCUGGCCCCUCUGACCAAGCCAUUCAUUUCCAUUGGCUGGGCAUUGCAACACUUAAAAAAAAAAAAAAAAGAUGACUCACGCUGGACUAUCGCAUUAAAAGCAGGGGCGCUCUUCUCUUCCGGUCAAACCAUCGGCACGCACAAAUUAAUUCAGCACGCCUGACAUCAGAUAUAAAUCCUGGGGGGGGGGGGGAUAUUUAUAUUUACACCGCUGGCUGGCCUCUAGGGUGCGUGAUAUUUCAGGCUGUCCAAAUCAUUGAGUGGGUGGAGAGAAAAAUGGGAUCUGUGACACAAAUGUAGAGUCUGAUUCACGGCGGUGACAUUAACUGGUGACAAACAGCAAGGUAGAGGACAGAUACUUAACCCGUGUGAUGAUGUCAUGAGAUUAUACCUCGAACUGUAAUAUUCAAUUAAUGACUUAUUCUGUUGACACAGUUCCAUGGGCUUCAGACAAGUAGCAUUUGUUUAUUCUGCAGCUCAACGUACACCCUUCUGUAUAUCUUCUUGUAAACAUCAUGGUAAUAGUUUCACUUGCUAUCGGAUGCUGCUGAAGUAGCAUCUGUUCUACACUAACCCACGCACUGUAAAGAAGCUGCCAAUCCCACCGUCUUGCCUCAUUAUCCCUUUCACAACCAACAUCUUCAUAGUUGCAUUGUUACUGGCAAAGCUCCUAGUUACACGGCCUGAUGAUCGUCAUGAACAGAGCACACAUCAGGCUGCCGUCAUCUCUACACUAUUUGGUCUACUUUACCUCCUAUGGCGAUACUGUAGUUCCAAUUGUUACAUAGUACAUCACUAACGCAAAAAAAAAAAAAAAAAAAAUGUACAUUUACACAUUUCACACCAAAAGUUGUAAGUAGCGUGGUGUUGAAAGGAGUGACUCUGGCAGUGGGUGUGAAGUCUUCUCACCAACCGGGUAAUUAUUGUGACAGAUCCCACCCACACAGGGACCAAUCAGCAGUUAAGGACAUCUCGUGUUCGCUUCUAAACUCCGACAGUAUGCCUGAUAUUUAGUGGACGCUGAGCUGAAGUCUUAAGAACUACGUCUUCAUCUGGUCCACUUGGUCCCUGAAGGCAGGUCACUGAUGUGGUUACUGAACUCAUUUGUUUGGGUUUGCUUCUUAAAAAAAGGAAGUUCACUGGUGAGUCAAAGGAUCACUACCAGCUGAGAAGAAAAAAAGCCCUCUGUGGUUUUAAGCACCGGGCUCAUACGUUGGUCUCCAACCCCUGCAGGCGGUCCAUCCUCUGCAUGUUGCGCUCGAUGGUGGCCUGGCACGUGAUUGGUUCGGCACACUCGGCGAGGAACCACCCCCUUUCUCCGUCGCGCAGUCGCUCGCCUUCAUACCAGUCUAAGAGGAGAGAAAUGGCACUGAUGCAUAAAAAGUGAAACGUGUUGUGUUUCCACGUGAUCUGUUUUUGAUGCUCAAUGCCGUCUGUUCUUUAACAGGAAAGACAGUUGCUAUGGUCACUAAAAGGGAGAGGACCUUUGUCCUCUGUUUGUUUAGUUUUAAGCCACAUCCUCAAACAUGUGUAAGGUCCAUUAUAUAAGACAUAUGGGUAUUGAGAAAGACAGUUUAUAAGAGCAUGAGAAAAGGACACAGUUGAAACGGGAAGGUGGAUGAGGGGAAUACUAAAGAGGUUGAGUGAAGCUAUAGAAAGAGCUAGAGAACGAGAGAGAGAGAGAGAGAGAGAGCACUAACGUACCAUCCUCUACAGUCUGCGAGACCAGCACCACAUCAGCCACCUGCAGGGACAACUCGUCUGGCUGCUUGGCUGUGUAAGUUCUGAUCACCUCCACCUGCAUGACAUCUACAACACCCAAAUCUAUAAAUCACUGGCCUUAUUUGAAUAUAUCUGAAUGAACAAGCCAAUUGUUUUAGAAUCCAUCUGAGAAAAGUCAGUUCAUCAAAUGACCACAGGGUGGUGCAAUAGGCCUAAAGGAGAGUCCAGGCAGCCUUUUUCAGAUGGGUAUUUGAGUGUUUGUGGCAACUUACUGGUUCUGUCCUGACUCUUGUUGUUGUUGUUGACAUUCUGGCCCAGGGCGCUGAUCCAUCGAGCACGCUCAUUCCUAAAAGCACACAUUUCAGCACAUGAAGUUCUGGCUUUAGUCACUUCACAACUCCUAAAACCUGACUGCUGUGAGAGUUACACACCUCUCCAAUUGUGGUUGAGGUGAGGUUAAUUCUUUUGAGCUUCUAAUACAGAUGUAGCACAUGCUACGUCACAGCGGUUUUGAGAACAUACACAGCUAUAGAAAGGACCGACACAUGCCGACAGGCUAUUGAGGCAAAUGGAUUACUUAGUCGCU